AUGAUUGCAACGCCUCAACCACCUCAAUUGGUGCAGAUCACCCUCUCGGCAGAAGAGUUGAAGAGCAAACAAAUCUCUUCACACAAUCUUCAAAAAGCUAUCGAGGCUCUACACCGAGAUGGGGCUUGUGCCAUUGUGAAUGCCAUUGAUCCGGCUCAUCUCGACAAGAUGAAUACUCGCAUGGUCAAGGAGGCCCAAAUCCUCUAUGACAAUCCGAACACUCACCGCAACUUUGGCUCCCGAACAGGCAAUAUUCAGCAAGAGCCCGUGGUCGAGCCUGAGUACGUCUUCGACGACGUUGUUGCAAACCCCUGGGCAAUUGCAGUGACGGAAUGCAUGCUCGGUCCGAACCCACAUAUGAGGUUUUAUAGCGCCAACACAGCGUUCAAAGCGGACAGUCGCCAGCCAGUACAUGUGGACGUGGAUUUCGAUUUCCCCAAAAUACCCUUCGGUUUCUGUAUCAAUGUAAACCUCAUUGAUACCUCGCCAGAGAAUGGUGCCACUGAGAUCUGGCUCGGCAGCCACACAGACUGCGAUCAGGACACCACAGCGGAGAAUGGGGAAACGGGCGUACGCAAAGACUUGCGCGAGAAGCGCCGUAAAAUCAGUCCUCCUCUUCAAUCAUCGCUACCCAAAGGUUCUCUGAUCAUCCGGGACUUCAGAUUGUGGCAUGCUGGAAUGCCCAAUCAAACGGACGACCCGAGGGUUAUGUUGGUGACCAUCCAUUUCCCAGCAUGGUAUCGGAGCAACCAGAAGUUCUUCUUGCCCAAGAGUAUGCAAGGGAAGAUCAAUUGGGGACGUUUGGUGCCGUGCGUCGAAUGGGUUGACGAGGAUUAUGAUUAUCUGCAAGGACGACACGAUCAUGACUUCUCAUUGCUGCCUUAGCUGAUGAUAUAGCCUUUCGAUCGAGGUUGUGGGGACAGUAUGACGAUGUUUUGUCCAUGAUGGCAACGCGAAUUCCUCAGUAUAUUGCACUAGCCAAGCUCUAACUCUCUACCUCUUUGCUUCAAGACGUCAAU